UCUCCCGACAGCCCCCGCGCGAGCGCGCGGCUUCAAGCCGGCGGAAGAGCCCCGGGCCAGGCAGUAGGCCGGCGGAAGCGGCUCCCACGCCGUGCGCCGCCAUGCCCGGGGACCACCGCCGCAUCCGCGGGCCGGAGGAGUCCCAGCCUCCGCAGCUGUACGCCGCCGACGAGGACGAGGAGCCCGCCGCCCGUGACCCGACGCGGCUGCGGCCGGUGUACGCGCGCGCCGGGCUGCUGAGCCAGGCCAAGGGCUCGGCCUACCUGGAGGCGGGCGGCACCAAGGUGCUGUGCGCCGUGUCGGGCCCGCGCCAGGCCGAGGGCGGGGAGCGCGGCGGCGGCCCGGCCGGGACGGGGGGCGAAGCCCCGGCCGCGCUGCGCGGCCGCCUGGUCUGCGACUUCCGCCGCGCGCCCUUCUCGGGGCGCCGGCGCCGCGCGCCCCCGGGCGGCGGCGAGGAGCGCGAGCUGGCGCUGGCGCUGCAGGAGGCGCUGGAGCCCGCGGUGCGCCUGGGCCGGUACCCGCGCGCGCAGCUCGAGGUGUCGGCGCUGCUGCUGGAGGACGGCGGCUCGGCGCUGGGCGCCGCGCUCACGGCCGCCGCGCUCGCCCUGGCCGACGCGGGAGUGGAGAUGUACGACCUGGUGGUGGGUUGCGGCCUGAGCCUCGCGCCGGGGCCCGCGCCCACCUGGCUGCUGGAUCCCACGAGGCUCGAGGAGGAGCACGCCGCCGCCGGCCUCACCGUGGCCCUCAUGCCGGUCCUCAACCAGGUGGCCGGGGUGCUAGGCAGCGGGGAAGGCGGCCAGACUGAGAGCUGGGCCGAGGCCGUGCGCCUGGGCCUCGAGGGCUGCCAGCGGCUCUACCCGGUGCUGCAGCAGUGUCUGGUGCGGGCUGCCCGUCGGAGGGGCGCCGCCUCCCCUUCCUAAGUCAGGAGCCUCUGUGCUGCCGCCCUUACCCUGCGUGACCUGACUGCGGGAGUUAAAGAAGCUGACGCACCUGAGAGGAUGGAUGUGGGGAGAUCCAGCCCCAGCUGAUGCAGCCUAUGGGGGUGGGGGAACGGCGCGGGGGCACUGGGUCACAACUCAGACCUGCGCUCUCCCGGAGCUUUUUUGCCCAAGGCUAGGGCUCUGUCUCGUGAGCCGAAGUUCCAUUUGCGGUGUUUUGGUGGUUGAAGAUUAAAGUCUCAGGGACUUGGCCACCAGGCUGCCUACGAACCUCCAUCCUCAGAUCUUGGCCUCCUGAGUAGGGAGGGGUACGGACUCCCCGGCUGGAACAGCUUUUUACAUUAAAGAGACUUGGCUACUUGAGCCGGCUCCCAGUUGCGACCCUUUGAAGACAUCUGCGAAAACAGCCUUACUUUCUAGUUGGGAAGAAUUUCAGCUGAACUCACCUGCAACAGGAGACCUGGAGCGAUGGUCAUGUAAAGGACUGACCCUGGGCCGGCUGGCCAUGGACUCUGACGUACCUGGGAUGCCAUUGUUUUUUUCAGAGGAUGCAAGUGAGAGGCUGUGCCUUUCCACUACUCUAGC